GAAUGUGAAAAACAGAGCUAACCAUCAGUAGAGCAGCGAAGAACUGCCGCCAAGUGAAGAAGGAAAGUAUCAAAUCAAAUGGCGACGGAGCUAGAAGAAUUGAUUGGGUUUCUCUCAGCCCCUUCUCCUCCAGUGAAAAAAAUAGCGGUUGAUAUUGUUCGUGAUUAUACUGGUUCUGAGGAUGGCUUGGAAUCUCUUGGCAAGUAUUCUAACGUCGUGCUUCCCUCUCUGUCUCGCCUUCUUGGUGAAAAAAAGGUGGUUUCUGAACCUGCGGCUCAAGCACUGGUAAAUCUGUCACAAAAGCCAGAGUUGGCAGGUAAGAUGGUUGAGAUGCAUAUGGUUAGGACAUCGAUGGAGACCUUGUACAAGCAAGAUUGUGAAAUCACAAGUCUGCUGAUUAUGCUCCUUGUUAAUCUCACACAGCUGGAUGCUGGUAUUGAUUCUUUGCUUCAGUCUGCAGAUGAGAAGAUGCAUGGCUUAUAUGUCAUGAAACUUGUGAGAUCAUUUUGUUCGUCCUCCUGUGAGGGAAAAGUUGAUCCCUUUGAACAUGUGGCUUCUAUACUUGUCAACAUUUCUAAGAAGGAAGAUGGGAGAAAGCUUCUGCUUGAUCAAAAACGAUGCCUACUAAAGCAAAUAGUCCGGAAUGAUUCUAAGAGCUUGUUGCGAAAGAGAGGGGUCGCAGGAACCAUCCGCAACUGCUGCUUUGAAGCGGAGAAUCAGCUGCAAAAUUUGCUUCUGAUUUCUGAAUUCUUAUGGCCAGCUCUGCUCCUGCCUGUUGCUGGAAAUAAGGUCUAUAGUGAGGAAGACACUCGGAAAAUGCCACUAGAGCUUGCAAGUGCACUCUCAAUUGAACGAGAACCCGUUACUGAUCCUGAAAUUCGUGUACAGGCGCUAGAGGCUAUUUAUUUGCUCAUAUUACAGGAAGCAGGCAGAAGAGCAUUUUGGUCAGUGAAUGGUCCCCGGAUAUUGCAAGUGGGCUAUGCAGACGAGGAUGAUCCUAAAGCAAUGGAAGCAUAUGAGCGAGCUGGCUCCUUGCUGAUUCAAGAGAGUGGCCUCGAUGAAGAAUUAACAGAGACAUCUUCGUAGACAUCCUCCUUUCUUGCUUGUUUUGAUACUGCGAUAGCAACGAGUUCUGACAAUCAAUCAGACAAACUGCAGGUUGCUUAGAGUAUUCAAGCACUAUAGAAGUGGGAAGGUCCCAAGUGUACUUUGAAUUAUUAUAUUUUUUCGGUUUCUUGUAGCGGGGUUGGUUAUGAUCCUCUGAAAGGUUGUUAUGUCAAGGACUCGGGUGAUGUAUCGGAGGUUAGUAUUAUAUAUACAAGGCAGCUUUUACUGCUGAAG